AUGAUUUCUUUAUUUGGAACCCCCACUGCUUAUCUUUGUUCUAAACCGCUAAAUGAAUUAGAUAUUAUCAAAAUCGUCAGCCAUUUAAACACAAACCCUAGUGACGCAAUGUCAUCCACCGGAGCAAGUUUUGCUCAUGUUUACGUGCAGCAGAAGCGCCAACGUGAGAAAAUGAAAAGAAUGGAAGAGGAAAGGGGAAGAAUUGGGAACGCCGGGAAGACUGGUGCUGAAGAGAAAAAAGCUGGUAAUGGUAAAGUUGGUGGGAGCAAGAAGAUUCACCCAGGUGGCGGCUCUGUGUCACCAUAUUCUGCAGGGAGCUUUGGUGAAGCCAAAGACUAG